ACACAGGAAAACACAAAACCCUUUUUCAUGUCUUGAGAAUGGAUGUUUACUAGAAGGAAUAACAUGAUCCUGCAGCCUCCUAACUUAAGCUCCAAGCCGACAUCUCUGCAAACCAUCUCCUGAGAAGUGCCGUAGCCUCUUUGUAGAGAGAUGGAGAAAGGUUUGCAAUCCACCAAGGAGUAUGUGCUGGUGGAAUAUGAGUUUGAAUAUGCUUCAAAAGACGGCAGCCUCAUAACAAUCAAACCCAAUGAACGGUACAUCCUCCUGUCGAGAACUAACGACAACUGGUGGCACGUUAGAAAAGAUGAAAACACCAAAGCAUUUUAUAUCCCAGCCAAGUACGUGAAAGAGCUACCAUCCAAAAUACCAUCUGUGUUGGAUUUCCACCCCAACAAUGUCGAAUCUGACAACAAGAAAGACCCCUCCUUCAAUUUGAUGAGUGACAAGCCAACUGACGCAAGAGUCCAGUUGCAUUCUAACUUGAGCUAUAAGAAAAAUGAGUACCGUUUAUCCACGUUUGGUGUCCCGAUGGAAAUACAUGAUUCAGUUUAUAAACCUACAGCAUCUGAAUCUUUGAUUGCCAUAAAACCGACUUCAGCAGAACUCAACACAUCUCCACCAUGUACCAAAGAUAAUUCACUUCAAGCAGUCAACCAGAAAAAUGUAAAAUUAUACAGCCUGGGACCCGAUUUCUUGUUAGGUUCCAAAGGAACUGUGGAUGAAUGGCCUUCACAUAAUUUAAAAGUAAAAGCAGGGUACACUGUGGGACUUAAUACAGCACCAUGCUUAAGCUCAGUUGAUCCAGUUCCACCACAGGCCACGAGGGAUAUUUUAAGUGGAGAGUGUACGUCUGUAGAUAACAUGCAGAAACAAAACCAACCACCCCCAGUUAUAUCUAGACCUGGAAGACAGCGUGCAAGCUCUGAAAGGACAUGCGACGAGACUGAAAAUGUGUAUGAGUCUAUUCCAGAGAUACUUGAACCAAAAUAUACCUCACCAGCAAAGGGAACAGCAACCACUACACCAAAGCUUGAAAGUGAGAAUCCAGAUGGUGCUGUGUAUGCAAAUGUUGCUGAGCUAAAACAAGAAGCUCCCCAGAUUUCUCCCACUCCUCAUUCCACAAAAAGACAUUUGUCUUCAGAGACUCAGAACUGGGAGGUGCAUACAGACCAGAAGAGUGGACAGGAGUUCUACUACAACCUGGACACCGGAGAGACAACCUGGGACAACCCAUUCGGUGACCAUGAGGAGGCUACUGAGGACCAGCCCUACCCCUCCCCCCCCACCUCUCUCACUGAGAGCCCCCGCGGCAGCAAAGAAUGGGAACAGCACCUUGAUGAGACUAGUGGCCAAUAUUUCUUCUACAACUCCCUAUCCGGAGAGACUUCUUGGGAGCCACCAGAGCAAGAGGAACUGUCGUCGCUGCAUCACAUGGAGGCUGAAAACCAGCCACAAAGCAGGCCUCCCCUUCCAGAAGAGGAUUAUCCUACAUUCUCUGAGGAUGUGGAGGUCUCUCCGAAUUUGUUACUCAAAAACUAUUCCACAGUCAAGAGAGACCGGAUCCCCCAGGUUAAACUCGACACAGACACGCCAGAGGGCUGGUCAUGCAAGAUAGACAAGGAUGGACAAAUGUGCUAUACAAGCAAUUAUAACAGUACUUAUUGUUUUAAAUCACAGUGGAUAAAGUCAAAGGAUGAGCAUGGACAAACCUACUUCUACAAGACUGAUGGAUCAAAAUCUCAGUGGACCUUACCUCAGCUGUCUCCUCGCACUCACCAACCACAAUUAAGGAACGGAUUUGACCCAGAUGGCAAAAUGCAGAUGAAAAAUUGGCGGCACACGAUGAUUGCUCCAAUCUCUCACAUGGGGUCGCGGGACCAGGAGGACACCAAAUUUUUACCCACACACAGAAGAAAUGCGUCGUCUGAAUUUGGAACGGAGAUUUCGAGUUAUGGAAACCCUUGUGAAACUCCACAACCCUCAAAUAUUCUGGAAAAGGCGGGCAUUCUUAAUAAGACAAAGAUUGUCGAUAAAGGAAAACGACUCAGAAAAAACUGGACUCAAUCAUGGACUGUACUGCAUGGGGAAAUUCUAACCUUUUACAAAGAUCCCAAAUCUCAACAAAUGGGGUCCUUGAAGCAGUCCAAUCAGAUUGUCCCAGAAUAUACAAUAGAAUUACGAGGAGCAACGAUCAGCUGGGCAUCGAAAGAUAAAUCUAGCAAGAAGAACGUUUGUGAGUUGAAAACCCGUAAUGGCUCGGAAUACCUAGUACAGUAUGACAAAGAAACUAUUAUUUGCGACUGGCAUAAAGUGAUAAUGGAGACCAUCAGGAAGCUGGGUCCAGAUCAUCCUUUGGAAGAUGAUGAAAGUGUGAACGAAUCCUUUAGCAGUGAGAAAUCCCAAAGUGCCAUAGACAAAGAUGAAAAAGACAAGAAGAACCACUCCACAAGACGAAGUAUCUCCAGCACGUAUAGAGACACAGAUCCAAAGGUGCGCACUAAACUGAGGAAAUUUCUGCAGCGCCGACCAACACUGCAGUCAGUCAGGGAAAAGGGGUACAUCAGAGAUCAAGUUUUUGGAUGUUACUUAGACGCACUGUGUGAGAGGGAGAAUACAACAAUACCAGUCUUUGUGGAGAAAUGUAUCAAGACAGUAGAACAACGGGGUCUAGAUAUAGAUGGAAUUUAUCGUGUUAGUGGGAACUUGGCUGUCAUUCAGAAACUGCGCUUCAAAGUAGAUCACGAGGAGAACCUGGACUUGGAUGACGGCCACUGGGAAGAUGUCCAUGUUAUCACUGGAUCCCUAAAACUCUUCUUCCGUGAGCUGCCAGAGCCCCUCUUCCCUUUCACCCACUUUAAUAAUUUUAUUGCUGCAAUUAAGAUUCCUGGCCAUAAAGAGAAAAUAAACUACAUGAGGGAUUUGGUGAGAUCUCUUCCUCGGCCAAAUCACGACACCAUGAGUCUUCUCUUCAAGCAUUUACGCAAGGUGGUGGGGUACCAGGAGGUGAACCGCAUGUCGGUUCACAGCGUGGCUAUUGUUUUUGGACCAACACUCCUGAAACCGGAAUCUGAAACCGGAAACAUUGCCAUGCACAUGGUCUUCCAGAAUCAGGUUGUGGAAUGCAUUCUCAACUACUAUGAACACAUAUUUCAGGAUGGCUGAGUCGGGACCAGGCAGUGUAAACUCGGAAAUCAAAACUCACUUUUCCUGAUAGAAGCACUUAAGCGCAGGUACGCCCGGAUACUGCAUGCUGUGUACAUUUUGCUUUUUGUGUUUCCUCACUUUUUGCACAAAAAAAGAAUGUCGACUUUCACUUUAAGAAGUUUUACAUGAAAGGGAACCCAUGUCUGAUUUGGUAUUCUUUUGGCACUUUUCAAGUCAAAUUGUUGUCCAUAUACACUGUGCGACGUAGGCUGGUGCCUGUAAUUGACUUUGAAUUAAAUUCGUCCACCAAUUUUGACAAUGCUGACUUCUACGUAGGAAUAUAUGUUAUGUGGCCCAAAGCAGUUUUAAAAGAAGCUUCUUGUAAUCCAAUUGUAUGGUUUUGAAAUUGAGGCGGUGUUGGGAUGUUGUUUAAGCUAAAUUAUUGUACAGGUGUUUAUUCAAAGCUGCACAAUGUGUGAGUGUAAGAAACAGACUUCAAAAACCAGUUCCAUAUUUUUUACUGUAUUUUUCCCUGUCCAUGCUGAAACCAAACAGGAUUCUGUAGUUCAGCAAAAAAUGUGAAUUUCGUUAAGUGAUUGUUCUUGGAAGUCUGAACAAUGGUUACUCUCAUGAAAAUAAUGCACCCAACCACUGUGCCUGAAUUGUGCCGAAACGGUUUGAGGAGUGUGACAGGCCACCAGAAUCCUUCAAUCUUAAUCCAACUGAGCAUGCUUGGGAUGACCUAGAGCAAUGCAUUCCUCAUCACAUCCCUCUUCUACCUCUCUGCACAAAUUGCCAAUAUUAAUUACUGAAUGGGUUAACAUCCCUCAGGAUACCUUGUGGCAUGUAUAUCAUAUUGUAUCAAGGCUUAAUCAGCAAUGUCAUCUCACUUGCUGUAAAACAUGUGAGUUGUUAGGGAAAGCAGCUGGUUGGUUAAGACCAGAAAGGAGGCGUUAGAGGCGGGCAGAAAUUCACAUUGCCGAGUUUAAAUGACCUAGGGAGUGCACUUUCUUUAACCUGGUAUGCUAACAAAUACCAAUUUUUAAACUUUAAAUAUAACAAGUGCUUCUUUCAAAACUGGAUAUGUAAGACGUACUGUAUAUAGCAAAUGGAACUAAAUGACAGUAAAGAUUACAUGUAUUAUUUCACUUGCUAUGAUGCCUUUAAAUUGUACUAAAGUGCAAUAUUAGAUAAAGAGACAGGAGGGGUAUGGGGUGGCACUGGAGGUAUUGGAAAGAGGUGAUGGGGUUUAUUUAUGGUGAAAGUAAUGGAUAAAUCUGCCAAAAAAUGUUCACAAAAACUGUCAGUUCAGUUGUAUUUGGCUAAGGCUUGAGUCUUGGUUAAGUUAAUAAUAUUAUGAUUUAUUAUUUUCAAGAUGGUUAACUCAAUGGGUUGCUUUUGUUUUACCUUAAUAUAAUGUUUUAUGAUUACGUAUAUGAAAGUGUGGAGUUUUACUGUUUUACAAUGUUCUGUAUGUAAAAAAUGCAUUUGCGUGCAAAGCCUAUACACUUAACAUUAGCGAGAAGCAAUGUUUGUUGAAAAUAAGCCUUUGAUUCAUAAUAAUAAUUUUAAUGUAUGAUAUUAUGGACAGAAUACUCUAUUAUAUGAGUUUUUUUGUUUUUUUUUACUGCUUUUAUCUUGAAUAAUGUCUAAGAAAGUAUUCAGUAAUAUACAGCUGUGUGUGUGCGUGUGUGCGUGUGUGCUAGUUAACACGUGUUAGCUAAGAGUAUAAAAGGAAGGCGCGUGUGCACUUCGGGGUUUUUGGCGUUCUAUGUUCUCCUGUGUUUUCUGUGUUGCUGAUUAAUAAACAACGUUUUAUUUUGUA